CUUUGUACUGGCCACUAAGAUCUGCUUGGAACCUGACUAUGGAAGGUAGAGGCAAGGAAUAGAAACUCCAUAGGCAGAACUGUUGCAAAGGUGUCCAGCUGUCAGCUAUAAAUAAUAGUUCCAAAUCUCUCUAGAGUAGCGCUAGAGUAGCUAAGAACCUAGGCGUUAUUGACGGAGUGAAGUGCGCUGUCUAUGAUUAGAAUUUUUCAUCACACUUGCUCGAAAAAGAUCUUAUUUCAUGCAGGUGUGCUGAAGGACAAAGGCCUAUUUUGUUCCCGCGGGAGUUAUGGAUUGUGAAAAAAAGUUAUAACCCCCUGGGGAGUUAUGGCUUUUUUUUUAAUUAUGUCACUUAUUCAUACAAACCAAGUGGUAUAAAUGAGUUUUACGUUUAAAAUACUGACGUUUAUAAUUGAAUAUUUUUGUUUUUGUUUAAAAUCAUUGAAUUUGAUUAAUUUAACAGCCGAUUAAAAUAUUUUUACACAAUUUUCAAUCUUGGCCGAAUGCCGAGUAGGUCUGUGCUUUCGAUGCCUCACCUGCUAAGAAAUUACAAAAUGGCGGACAAAUAUUUGAUAUGCCACCAUAUUUAAGAAUUAUUUCGCUUAAAAUUUUGUUUUUUUCAUUGUGUGUAACUCCGGCGGUAAGAAUAUUGCAAACUCGGGUCUUUAAUUCCCUCGUAUCCAAAAUUUCACUUACCCCCCUUGUUGCAUAAUGUACUAUUUCUCAAGUAGGUAUUCUAAGUGUUGUAUCGCCACCUAUUUAUGGUUUUUUGUCGGACACUUUUUGGUAUAUGGAGAUUCUAUUCCUUAACUCUACCUUCCAUAAACCUGACGAUGGGGAGACAAAUGGUGUCACUCUUGUGUCACCUUUUAUUAAGCAAUUUUGGCAACCAAAGUAAAAAUUAUUUCAAGUGUUUAAAGAGCAUGACAACAAAUUAAAAACUUUAAGUAUUUUUUGCACUCUAGACUUCGCUAUAUUUUUUAAGUUGCACAUAAGUUUUAAAUGCAAAGACGUGUUCAAACCUAAAAUACCUACACAAUUAAAAGUUUUGUAUGUAAUCAUAAAAUUUCGCAUUAUAUUUCAUCGUCUCUUCUCUUUAUCAGUAUUUCAAGCCUUGAAAAAAUAAUUUGAAAGUACGGAGCAACGGAGCUGUUAAGCUGAUUUGUUUCUUAGGCUAUAAUAAGUAUAAUAUAUAGGUAAUCAUGCGGCAAGUCCCAGAGUGUUUCGAGCGUCGCUACCAAGCCAUGGAUGCGCUGGUUAAAGACCUGAGUUCGGUGACAAACCAGUCCAACGAGACAAACGAGGGCGACCCUGACGCCAAAGACGACUACGGUUUCAAACUCAUGUGCAAGUUUUGGAAUAUUCUGAAAGAAGAUCCCGUCUGUGAUUUGCAGAAUAUAAUUCAGCAAAGGACGUAUCUAUCAACAAGAAAUAGUGGCAUAUUUGGGUCACAGAAGAUCUCGUGCUACCAAAUGGGUAAUGACCCAAGACAAUGUGGUAAAGGUUCCUGUGCAAAAACCAUCGAUCUUGAAUCUAAAGCAUCAGGCAGUUCGUGUUGUGAUAGACAACCUAAGCCGCAGAGAUCGCCUCAAGGGACGUGUUGUUCCAAACAUGGCACUGAGCCAGUGACGCCUCUUUCGCAGGCGCUUGAGAACAUGAAGCGGGCUGCUUCAACUGAGAAAAAGUGUUACGAGAAAGCAACAGAGCUUUUGACAGUUCAAGAACAAUUGAAGGAGCAAAUCGCUCAGUUAGAACAAAGAGAACAGGAUGAAAUUAAACUAUUGAAAGAGGCUGAUUCCAUUUGGAAGGCGAUGGAGAACGAAUACAAGCAAAAGCUGGAAGAGUCAAAGAGAAGACAAGAGGAACUUCUAAGAGAGCUAACCGAAGUCGAAUUGAGUGCAAGUAAGUGGAAGAAAAAUAAAAAAAAUCUUGAAGAGCAGAUGUCAACAGUCGAUAAAUGUAUACAAGAAAUGAGAGAAAUAUGCAGAAAGAAAACAAAUGACCUUAAAACCAUACAAGCCGAGACGGCUGAUUUAGAAAAAAAACUUGCGUGCAAUACGAAUGACAUAAUGAACACAUCGGAAACUCUUGAAGCCAAAAGAAAGUGUCAUGAUGAUUGCAUGAAGAAAUUGUCAGAAGAGUCAAAAAAGUUGCAGCUUUGCAAAAAACAUGAAGAGCAACUAAAAAAAGAAAAAAUUGAGAAAGGUGGCGAAUGUGUUAAAGAAGCGAGAGAAGAAUUGGCUGUAAUUUGCAGAGUUUUAUUGAAAAAGAAUCUGGAGAAUGAAGAUCUUCGAGCAGAGGCAAAAGCCCUUGCGGAAGAAAUAGAUUUACUUCAAACAUCAUGCGACACCUGUGGCGAAAAAUGCAAAAACAAGGAGCAGUCUUUGAAAUCGGAACUCGAAGAGUGUGAAUGUGAAAUUAAAAAAUUCAAAUUGAAGUGUACCAAGUGUCACGUAUCAUGUGAUACAGAUAAUUUAAGAAAACACUGUACUGAUUGCCCUAGGUGUAAAGAAGAAAUGGAAUCUUGUGCAUACAGUGCUGACACAUGUGAAGGACCUGCAAAACCAUGUGUCUGCGUGAAGAUUAAGACCCAGUUUAUGAACAAUGUGUUUGACAAUAUGCAGACAGUAUUAGAAAGGCAAAUUAAUACGAGACCUGGUAAAGUUGUGGCAUCACAAGUCUUGCAAUGUUUGAAAAAUAGCACUAAUGGAAAGUUGGAUUGCGUAACUAGGAAAAAAUUGCAGGAAUUCAUUUUAGCAACAGUGAAAACUAAUUUGAAUCUAACUAUUAUUGGCGGUGCUGUCAAAACGCGAUGCGAAAUGGAUCCUGCCACAUACAAAGAGUUGUUGAAGUGUUUAACUACAGUCAAGGCUAAAAAACCAGAAAAAGCUGAUAAAGGAACUGAUUCAAGAAAGGAGCCCUGUGCCCGGUGGGGUGGUCCUAACGAAUGCAAUUGCCCGAAAGGACCUAAGAACUGUAUAUGUCUGAAAAAGGCUCCAAAGCCUGCUUCUGACCCAGAGCCUUGUGGGCAACUUGAAGAAGAUAAAAAAGAUAUUGGCCAGCUGUCAAUUUGUCCUCACAAGGAUAAUACCCCGUGCGGUCCCUUGUGUGGCAACUCUCCGGACAUAGCCAAAACGCUGGCGAAGUCUUACAAACCCAAACCUUGCUGCGGCGAAAAAUGCACGUUUAAUAGUAAUAUGAGAGCAGCUCAGUGUACGCUGGGUAGCGAUUGUAUCGACAACAAAGUAAUUGGUACCAAAGGAUGCAAGACUAAUACUCCUAUAAUUCAAGUUCCUUUUGAACAAGAUCAGAUGCCGUGCGAUUGCAGUACUGUAUAUAAAACCUGCCAUUGUUGCGAAAUUACAGACAGAAAAAUGAACAGAAAACGGGGAUUCCAACAAGAAGUCACAUUGCCAUCCGAAGCAGAAUUUAAGGAAAUGUUCUAUCAUAACAAUACGACUCUUCCGGUAACAAUUUUGGGUCAAAAUGGAACAUCAGCAGAUUUUAACGCAGAACUGCCAUGUUGAAGCCUACACUAACGCUGCUGCUGUUGGGCCUGCUCUGCCUCAGCCUUGUCACCGCUCGCCCACAACCAGACCCUUCACCCAACGAGCAAUCACCAGCCCGCUCGAGUUCUAACAAAGUCUCUGAUAGCAAUAACCGAAGCUGUUUUCUAAUUUUAUUCUGUAAUGACGGUGCGUUAAUUCAAGUUGGCGAUAAUAAUAAAUCACAUUAAUUAGUUUCAACUAGUACCAAAUUAUAACAUUCUUAUACGCAGUAGAAUCUAAAAUCACUUCCACGAUUUUAUUUAUCCAUAUGUUUUAAAGCUUGCUACUGUACCUACAUAUUUUUAACCUGAUGCACUAUAUCAAUACAUAAAUAUUAAUAAACAUGAUGAAAGUU